GACAAGCGUUCCCCUCUGCAAACAGUCACAUUCAAGAGCUCAAGCCAAAGAGACACUCGAGCGGACCAACAGCACCAGCAGCAGCCGCAGCAGCAAUAGCAGCAGCCGCAGCAGCAGCAGCAACAUCAGCAACAUCAGCAACAGCAGCAACAUUAGCAACAGCAAUCCAGCUGCAGCUCCCAAUUCCAAUUCCCAGCUUCAGACUUCAGUUAAAUAUCCACGUUCGUGCGUCGGUGUUUUGUGGCCGCGCCGUGCGGCAGACAACAAAAAUAGAAAAGAAAAUCAAAUCAAAUCAAAUCAAAUAUAUAUAAUCGCAAAUAACAAAUAUAAUAUCUAAACUUUCGUUGAACCAGUGACAAGUGCUAUAUAAAAUGCCAGAAAAAUGCCAAACCUUUAAAGCAGUGUUAGUGCAUUGAUAUUUGUUUGAAUCGAAUAACAAAAACAACAGAAGAAAAAACAACAUAAAAUACACGAACAUUUUUUAUUCAUUUUUCGUUUUCAAUAACGCGUUUGACACAAACGCGUUGCCUUUUUAAACGUUUGACCAGAGGGCAGCGCGUCCAAAAGCCGGCAACAUAACGGCGCAACUAUUGAACAGCUUUCUGAAGGGUAGCCCCCACCAGACCACCAUUGACAUCAUGCAGAAGCUCUACGCGGAGCCGCCGCCCAGCAGUGCUCCGGUGAGCAUGGCCAGUGGCCCUCCCUCGGGAGGGGGAGGGGGCGGAGGAGGAGGAGGAGGAGGAGGAGGAGGUGGUCCGCCACCGCCUAGCAACAACAAUCCAAAUCCCACCAGCAACGGAGGCAGCAUGAGUCCGCUGGCCCGCUCCGCCUACACAAUGAACAGCAUGGGUCUGCCGGUGGGCGGCAUGUCGUCCGUUUCCCCCCAAGCGGCGGCCACCUUCAGCUCCAGCGUCCUGGAUUCCGCAGCGGCGGUGGCCAGCAUGAGCGCCAGUAUGAGUGCUAGUAUGAGUGCUAGUAUGAGUGCUAGCAUGAAUGCCAGCAUGAAUGGCAGCAUGGGUGCGGCGGCGGCCAUGAACUCGAUGGGCGGCAACUGUAUGACGCCCAGUUCGAUGAGCUAUGCCAGCAUGGGAUCGCCGCUGGGGAACAUGGGCGGCUGCAUGGCCAUGUCGGCGGCGGGGCUGAGCGGCAGCUAUGGAGCAAUGCCGCCGGGCACGCGGGAAAUGGAGACAGGCAGCCCCAAUUCGCUGGGCAGAUCACGGGUGGACAAGCCCACCACGUACAGGAGGAGCUACACGCAUGCCAAGCCGCCGUACAGCUACAUUUCGCUGAUCACCAUGGCCAUACAGAACAAUCCCACGCGGAUGCUGACGCUGUCGGAGAUCUACCAGUUCAUCAUGGACCUGUUUCCGUUCUACAGGCAGAACCAGCAGCGCUGGCAGAACUCCAUCCGGCAUUCGUUGAGCUUCAACGAUUGCUUUGUGAAGAUCCCGCGGACGCCGGACAAGCCGGGCAAGGGCUCCUUCUGGACGCUGCACCCGGACUCGGGCAACAUGUUCGAGAACGGCUGCUAUCUGAGGCGGCAGAAGCGCUUCAAGGACGAGAAGAAGGAGGCCAUCCGGCAGCUGCACAAGAGUCCGUCGCACAGCAGCUUGGAGGCCACCAGUCCGGGUAAGAAGGACCACGAGGACUCGCACCACAUGCACCAUCACCAUCACAGCCGGCUGGACCACCACCAGCACCACAAGGAGGCCCCCAUUGCGGGUGUGAAUGUGCUGAGUGCGGCGCACAGCAAGGAUGCGGAGGCACUGGCCAUGCUGCAUGCCAAUGCGGAGCUGUGCCUCAGCCAGCAGCCGCAGCACGUGCCCAGCCACCACCACCACCAGCACCACCAGCUGCAGCAGGAGGAGCUGUCCGCCAUGAUGGCCCAAAGGUGCCAUCCGUCGCUGAUCAGCGACUACCACUCGUCGAUGCAUCCGCUGAAGCAGGAGCCCUCCGGCUACACGCCCUCCAGCCACCCCUUCUCCAUCAACCGCCUGCUGCCCACGGAGUCGAAGGCGGACAUCAAGAUGUACGACAUGAGCCAGUACGCCGGCUACAACGCGCUCAGUCCGCUGACCAACUCACACGCUGCCUUAGGCCAGGACUCCUACUACCAGAGUCUCGGCUACCAUGCGCCCGCCGGCACCACAAGCUUGUGACAUCACCAAUACCCGCUGGCUUAAGGACGCGCGGAGCAGAUGCUGCGCUCGCAGCAGCAGCAGCAGCACCAGCAGCAGCAGCACUUGCAGCAGCAGCAGCACCAGCAGCAGCAACAGCACUUGCAACAGCAGCAGCUGCAGCAGCAACAGCAGCAGCAGCAGGCGGCGCAGCAACUGGCAUCCGCUUCCAACACACCAGCAACAUCAGCAGCAGCAGCAUCAGCAGCAGCCAAGGCCAGCGGUAAAGCGGGCUCGGGAUCGGGAUCGGGAUCAGGCUCCAGCUCCAACUACUCACAGAAACUGCAACAUCAACAGCAGCAGCAGCAGCAGCAACAACAACAGCAACAGCAGGCCCAGCAGCAGCAGCAACACCAGCAACACCAGCAGCAGCAGCAAUUGCUGCAGGAGCUGCAACAGGAGGACUCCUCGAACAUCACCAGCGAUCUGAGCGAGGAGCAACUGCAGCAACACCAGGCGGCACAGCAGCAGUUGUACAACAACUACCAGCAAUAUGCCGCAGCGGCUGGCUACCGAAACUGGAAUCACAGCCUGGCUUUCAAUGGGGCCGCCGCCCUGCAGAAUCUGCUGUAGCUAUAGCUGUAGCCAUAGCGACCAUGGCCAAUUAGCGAGCGCAGGGCCAGUGGCUUUUAGGACCUGGUCGAGAUCCUUUGAGCACGUGAGUUUCAGGCCGCGACUCGCUCUUGUACAUAUGCCUUUCCCUGAGUUCUCUGAGUUUCCCGAGUUCCCUGAGUUCCAGCCACAAAAUAACAACCAUUCAGUUCUGUUACCGGGGGUUUAUACAGAUAUCGGUUAGUUAAUCGACAGAAAAGCGAAAGAAAAAGUGAUGUAGUUGUAAGCAGAUGCAGCAGAACUUUUGUUAACAUUUUUUACGUUUUGCUAACACAAAAUAAUAAUUCCGUGCCAUUUGUUUUCGUUGUUUCGAAACAAGCAAUAACAAUCAAAGCGGUUAAAACUACAAAUUGAAACAUUUUAAAUGUAACACUGAGAGGUGAAGAGUGGGGAUCGUGUGUAAUGUUCUUUCAGAAUGCAAAACCUAACUAAAACAGUCCCAAAAAGAGAGAUACAAAUACUAUAAUCCUUUAUCCAAAGGCAAAUCGCAAUCGCAAUCGAAUUCGAAUCGCAAAUGAUCAAAAC